AUGACCUCUUUACCCUGUGCUCUUCCUGGCCACGGUGCCUCCAGCGUUGUCUUCCCGGACCUCGCCCCCGCCCCGUCCGUGGUGGCUGCUUACACGCUCGGACUAUCCCCCGAAACCGCAGCUUCCCCCGAUUUGUCCUACUCCCAGUCCUAUGGCCACCUCCUGUCCUAUUCCUACCCUGGGCCAGCAACCCCAGGAGACUCUUACCUGCCCAGCCAGCAACAAUCGGUGGCACCGUCUCAGUCUUUUCACCGGCCAACUGAACACCCGCAGGAACUCGAAGGGGAAUCAGAGAAGCUGUCACUGUCUCUCGAGCCCUCCCAGCAGUCCCUGACCAGGAAGCUGCGCAAGCCUAGAACCAUCUACUCCAGCCUGCAGCUGCAACACCUGAACCAGCGUUUCCAGCAUACCCAGUACCUGGCCCUGCCUGAGAGAGCUCAGCUGGCAGCGCAGCUGGGACUCACCCAAACCCAGGUAAAGAUCUGGUUUCAGAACAAACGCUCCAAAUACAAGAAGCUCCUGAAACAGAGCUCUGAGGAGCCGGAAGAGGACUUCUCUGGGAGACCCCCCUCCCUGUCUCCUCACUCUUCAACUCUCCCAUUCAUCUGGGAUCUACCCAAGGCAGGCACCCUGCCUACCAGUGGCUAUGACAGCAGCUUUGGUGCCUGGUAUCAGCAUCACUCCCCAGAUGUGCUGGUGCUGCCUCAGAUGAUGUGAGUCUGGAGGGAGGCUGGUCAGGCUUCAGCUCUCUUGUCAAGCCCAGGACCUGCGCACCUGCUCUCCUUCUGGGAGGAGAGGAAACCAACUCCAGAUGGAUUUGCUCAGAAGACAAGAAGCUAAAGGAGAAAAAGGGAAAGAAUGGAGUGGAAGCCUGGCUCUCCAAGCCAGGGAGCUAAUCAGCGGCUUUAGACAGCCACAGUCUUGCCACUCCCCCUCCUUUCAGAUGACUGCAGCCCCAGCACAGGCCUAGGGUCCAAACCAGGAAGAAAACAAAUAUUAUUUCUGGCCAGACAGUCCUUCCAUAAACAAAACCAGAAGUGGACACAGAGUCUCUGUUGUUGGCCACUGCAAAGUCUCCAAGUUUCAUUUUCUAAUUAUUGGUGGUGGCCCAGUGGUAGAGUAAGUGAUUAACAUGUAUGAAGCCCUAGCACCAAAACAAAACCAUGGAGUGUCGGCCCGUGGGCAGCUCAUACGUCUCUCU